UUUGCCACGCUGGUCUUUCGGUUUAGGUCGAGAGCAAGAGAGAGAGGAUGGAUCGAUGAAGCCCUAGCACGAUUGUCAGCGCCGCUCGGCCGCCAUGACCGACGCAUCAAUUCGCGCGGAAGCGGAGCAGCUCAAGGAACAAGCCAAUGCGGCAUUUCAAGCUUGUAAGUUCUCCCACGCCAGGGAGUUGUACACACGGGCGAUUGAGCUCGAUGGUAGCAAUCCCGUGUACUGGGCAAAUCGGGCCUUCACGAAUGUGAAGCUGGAAGAGUAUGGAACCGCCAUUAUGGACGCUACCAAGGCGAUUGAGUUGGAUCGCAAGUACGUGAAGGGAUACUAUCGACGAGGUGCGGCAUAUUUGGCUUUGGGAAAAUUCAAAGAGGGGCUCAAGGACUUACGGCAGGUAUGCAAAAUUGUUCCAAAAGAUCCAGAUGCAAUGAGGAAGAUCCGGGAGUGUGAGAAUGCAAUCAAGAAACUAAGAUUCGAGGAAGCGGUUGCCAGCGACGAGAGACGCUCGGUUGCUGGAACAAUAGAUUACAGUGCUUUCGUAGUAGAGGACUCUUACACAGGAGCAAGGAUACAAGGCCAGCAUUUAGAUUUGGCGUUUGUGAAGCAGAUGAUGCAAGAUUUCAAGGACGAGAAACGGUUGCACAAAAGAUACGCUUAUCAGAUAAUGCGCGAAGCUUUGGAUUUACUCUCUAGUCUUCCGUCUCUUGUGGAAGUAACAAUCCCAGACAAAUGCCAUAUAACUGUGUGUGGUGACAUUCACGGCCAGUAUUACGACCUGCUUAACAUCUUUGAGAUGAACGGCUUACCUUCAAAUGAGAAUCCUUACCUUUUUAACGGCGAUUUUGUGGAUCGCGGUUCUUUCUCUGUGGAGGUGAUUCUGACUUUGUUCGCUUUUAAGUGCCUAUAUCCUCAAGGCAUUUAUCUGGCGAGGGGAAAUCACGAGAGUCAAAGUAUGAACAAGAUCUACGGUUUUGAUGGUGAAGUCAAGGCCAAGUACUUCUCCGACGUUAUGCCAGAGUACUUUUCCGAGAUAUUCUGUGCUCUUCCGCUUGCACACGUCUUGAACAGCAAAGUAUUCGUUGUCCACGGCGGUUUGUUUAGCACUGACAACGUAAAACUCUCCGACAUUCGAGCCAUCGACCGAUUCAAGCAGCCGCCUGACGAAGGCUUGAUGUGCGAGAUGCUCUGGAGUGACCCUCAUCCUGGCCUUGGAAGACAACCAAGCAAACGCGGGGUUGGAUUAUCCUUCGGCUCGGAUGUGACCGAGAAGUUUUUGGAGCAAAACAAUCUCGAUCUUGUUGUAAGAUCACACGAGGUGAAACCAGAAGGCUACGAGCAAGAACACAAAGGAAAACUCAUCACCGUCUUCUCUGCUCCAAACUACUGCGAUCAGAUUGGCAACAAAGGAGCGUUUGUGCGGUUCGUGGCACCACAUAUGAAGCCCGAGUUCACGACAUUCAAAGACGUGCCUCAUCCAAGCGUGAAACCAAUGGCUUACGCGCCCCAAGCCUAUGCGAGCAGCUUUGGAUUCUAGAGGCCGAGACGAGUGGAUUCAAGAUGAUGAAGAAGCUUUCGAUGUUAUGUGGUAUUGAGCUAAGGAUUUAAAACAGACCAGAGUUUUUUUUUCUCAGCUAGAUCGCGAUAACAUCUCCAAAAUUGCGCAUGAAGAAGAUUGCUCCUCCAAACAGUCCCAGCGCUCUAGCCAGCCUCUGCGGUAUAUACAUCAAUCAAUAAAUGGAUGGAUUCACGGCAA